AUGGGAGCUUUAGGCAGUAAACCAGACCAGUUUUUCUCUUCCCCGUUCAAAGCUGUCCCAUCCAGGAGCUCAUCCCAGGACGAGAGCACGCCCCCCCACAAGAGCAUCUUUGCCACACUGCGGAAGCCCCCCACCGCCAAACCCAACGACUUCAUCCCCCUGUUCAACGAGUGCAUCUCUUUAGCCGCGACCCGCACUCUGGAAUACCUCACCUUCAAAGACCCAGAAAACAAGUUCUCCCCAAGUCCUGAGGCGCUCACAGAGAUCUUCCUGAUGACGUACAUCUCGGAGUCGGUCAUGCACACGCUGACGAGCUGGUUCAACUGCACCGUGAUGACCCCGGGGCAGAAGGUCCUGCUGGGGGCCGACUGGGUGUGGGCCGUCCUGAACAAACCCUCCAAGGACCCACGCAUCCAGAUCGCAGUCCGAGUCCUGCACCUGCCCCAGCGAGAGGAGAGCAGCCACCGCCCCAGCAAAACCGACCAGACUUUUGACGAGUCUAUGGAAAUGGCGGAGAUGGCGGCGAGCGACAAGAACAUGUGUGAGAAAAUGGUGGACUUCUGUGCCUCUAUUGGGAAAGACUGCUACGCCCUGUUCCUCUUCAUGGGCCGAAAGAACGACAAAGAAAACAUCUACGGGGUCCUCAGUAAUAAUUUCCAGGCGGCGAUAGGAAAGUGUGACAAGAUCGACAGAGGUCUGAUUGAGAAUUUCUUUAAAGGGUCCAGGUACCUCCAUACGCCAACCGGGAUGAUGCAGGCCAUUGUCACCAAGAGAAAUAAUGACUCCCUCACUUUGUUGAUUAAAUUUAGCUAA